CACCCUCUCAUGUCCGUCGUCGUGCCCGGUCUGCCUGGACUCCGGCCGGCUUCUCCCCCAGUCCGGCGGCUCCGUCCGCCCGCGUGCCCCGCCGCCGAGGAAGGAAAGCUGGGAGGUCCCUACUGCUGUUCAAAUUUCGCCAGGCCAACUCCGUGUGUUGCAUCCACGCAAAUUCCGUGGCGGUGGCGGGAAGGAGCAGGCGCUUGCAGUCGAACGCGGCGGCGAGCGGGGACGAAACCCUAGAGCCGAGCUCCAGCACGGCUCCGCUCGCGGGUCGGUUCCCCCUAUCCGUUCCCGGCGAUGAACCGGCGGCAGGAGCUCUGCAGGAACUUCCAGCGCGGCAGCUGCAAAUACGGAGCGCAGUGCAGAUUCGUGCACGCGUCCUCUCAGCAGCAACAGCAGCAGCAACAUGCGAAGCCCAACCCGUUUGGGUUCGGCUCCGCGAGCCGGCCACAGCAGCAGCAGUUGUUCGGUUCGCAGUUCCAGCAGCAGCAGCAGCAGCAGCAGAAGCCCAACCCUUUUGGAUUCGGGGUGCAAGGUGCAGCUGGGCAGUCCAGAAACGCUCCUGGCCCGGCGAAGCCAUUUCAAAAUAAGUGGGUAAGGGACCCGUCAGCUGCUCCAACAAAGCAACCAGAAUUGGCGCAGGCACCAGCAGCAGCCCACACAUCCUGUGCAGAUCCCGAGUCCUGCAGACAACAGAUUGCUGACGAUUUUAAGAAUGAAACUCCACUCUGGAAGCUUACAUGUUAUGCUCACCUCAGAAGUGGCCCUUGUGACAUCAAGGGGGAUAUUAGCUUCGAGGAGCUGAGAGCUAAAGCAUAUGAGGAAAGCCGACAAGGGAAUCCUCUGCAGUCAAUAAUCGAGGGUGAGAGGAAUCUGCAAAAUGCAAAGGUGAUGGAGUUUACUAAUUUCCUGAACAAUCCACGUGUAUCAGUAUCACAAACUACAAGCUUUCCAACUGUGGCUUCCUUCCCUGAAGUGAAGAAUAACUCACCAUUUGGGGUUCCUCAAACUAAUGGACCACCAGUGUUUAGUAGUUUCAGUCAAGUUGGAUCAGCAAAUAACUUUGGACCUGGGCCCAGAACUGCACCAGGAGUCCCAACCAAUAGUCUCUUCGGUCAAUCUAGCCAGGCAAGCCAUCCAGCAUUUCCUGCACCUACUUUUGGACGUUCUGAUAUGAAAUUUGGAGUUUCAGGUUCACAACAGCCAUCUGGGAGUUUGCAAGGCUCAAGCAUGUCCAGUGCUGGCAAUUUCCCAAAGCCUCCUGCAGGCUACCAGCAGUCUGCCUCCUCUAGCCAUCACAGAGACAUUGAUAGGCAGUCACAAGAUUUACUUAGUGGGAUCAUAGCUCCUACAAGUGCCGUAAACCAAGCUCCUGUUGAGGAGAAUAAAAAUGAAAAUCAGGAUGAUAGUAUCUGGUUGAAGGAAAAAUGGUCAAUUGGAGAGAUUCCGCUGGGCGAACCACCACAGAGGCACAUCAGUCAUGUGUUUUAGGAACUCAAAAGUAUUCUGUGUUGCGGGGCCGCUAUCAAGUCAGCUUCAUUGUCCCCUUAUAUGCUGUCGAGAUGCCAUCAAUCGGUUAAUUUUUUUUCUCCUCCAAGCUUCGGAUUGGAAUUCUACAGCAAACUGGAGGAGGUCAAAUGUACAUGAACAUGAAAGGCUGAUGGCAGUGUAAAACCUUUGCUGUGUCUGGCUGGCAUCAUAUACUCUAUAUUAUAGUGUUUCAUUCCCAUUGCCAUGUGCUCCGCCAAGUCUUAUCUAGACAUCUAGGGGCUAAGCAGUUUUGUGUUCUGGAACUGAUGAAACUAGUUCUGAUUGCUCCAUUCAUCAGUUCCGGGGUAGUGAGUUGCCUGCAGUGCCUUUUGAAUCACCUGGACCGCGCCUCGUCCGUUUCAUGUGCAUUUGGGCUGGGCCUUUAACAAAGAAACCGGGCCGUCACUUCUUGGGGGGUAGUUGCCA